CUCACCAAGGUUUGGGUUUUUUCACCCUCACCAUCUCAAAAUCCAAAUGGCCUUAAUUUAGUAAAUACCAUAUAUCAAGGCGAAGGGUUUUGUGGUAAAAUCGGAACUCCCAGAAAGCGAAGGGUGCGCUUAGGUGAAAUGGCUUUAUGCCGAUUCACAGUCUUUCCCAAGCCUCUUCCUUCAUUCUUCCCAAAUUACCCUCAUAAAUCCCCUGAAUUUAUGCACCUGCCACUCCUGCUUCAAAAGCCUACUCAUAGAGUCUCCUCCUCUGCGUUGCACUCAUCAUCAUCGUCCAUGGAAUCUGCUCCUGAAGGUUAUAGGAGAAACGUUGGCGUUUGUCUCAUCAACCCUUCUAAAAAGAUUUUUGCUGCUUCAAGGCUGGAUAUACCCAAUUCUUGGCAAAUGCCGCAGGGUGGUAUUGAUGAGGGCGAAGAUCCUAGAAGUGCAGUCAUCAGGGAGUUAAGAGAGGAGACAGGAGUUAGUUCAGCAGAAAUUCUUUCAGAGGUACCUUAUUGGUUGACGUAUGACUUCCCUCCUGAAGUCAGGGAAAAGCUUAAACAUCAGUGGGGAUCAGACUGGAAGGGUCAAGCACAGAAGUGGUUUCUUCUUAAAUUCACUGGGAAGGAUGAAGAAAUCAAUCUUCUGGGUGAUGGGACAGAGAAAGCUGAAUUUGGCGAAUGGUCAUGGAUGUCUCCAGAACAAAUAAUUGAGCAUGCAGUGGAUUUUAAGAAGCCUGUUUAUAAGGAAGCAAUGGCAGCUUUUGCUCCAUAUCUUCAGGAAUCUUAGAUUGAAGUUUUGAGCAUCUGGUUGCUUCCAACCAGACCUUUAAUUAACCACCAAUGAGCUACUUCAGUGAAUAAAACUAAUUCAAUGAGUAAUAGUUAUCUGAAUUAUACGUACUGGAUAUCAGCUUGCAUGUCCAAAUGGUUAUAAGAAUGAAAGUUCGACCUUUUUCUUCAAUCCUAGAUGUGAAUUUUCUUGUAAUGACGUUCUUAUGAUUAUUUGUGGUAAUGUCAUGUUUGUGAGAAUAUAUUUCUCUUCAUCCU